AUGACAGCCUUACUACCACAUGAAGGUCGUCGACGGAGAAUCGGAUGGUGGCGUCGUCGCUUAAGGAUGUUGAAAAGAAAGCUGCAGGAUUUGACUGUUUGCUGCACCUAUAAAAUUGACUUCUUUCAUCAGAAAGCUCAUUCUGCUAAAGAAUUCCGACGCCAGUAUGGAGUUUUAGACGAAAUAGGACGUGGUGGCUUCGGAAUUGUUUAUAAAGCUGUUCGUAUAUCAGAUAGUCUUCCUGUAGCUGUUAAGUUCGUUGAACACAAGCAUGUCCGAGAAUGGACGAUGACGUGUAAUCAGCUGAUACCAUCAGAGUUAUGUCAUUUAGAGACAUGUCGUGAUAUCCCAGGUGUCAUUCACCUGAUUGAUUGGUUCGCUAGUUCGAAAGGAUUCUUAAUUGUUAUGGAAAGGCCUUACACAUGCAUGGAUGUCUUCGACUUAGUUUCCACCUAUGGCAGGCUGGACGAAGCUACUGCACGAGGCAUUUUCCUUCAAGUUGUUGAUACAGUCUGUUGUAUGUAUGCUAAGCAUGGCUUGAUACAUCGAGACAUUAAAGACGAGAAUAUAAUUGUUGAUAUGGAAACAGGUGAAGUGAAACUUGUAGACUUCGGAGCAACAGCUUCUGCAGAAAAAGCAAUGAAAAAGGAAUUUCAAGGAACUCGCUCAUAUUGUCCACCUGAAUGGUUCCGACAGCUACAAUAUCUCCCAUUAGAAGCCACUAGCUGGUCUUUGGGAGUGCUCUUGUAUAUACUUGUGACUGGACAACUACCUUUCAAGAAUGAAAUUCAAAUUUGUUUGGGAAGAGUGAAGUUCCCGUCUUAUUUAACUAAAGAGUGCUGUCAAUUAAUCAAAUCAUGUUUAACUACCUCCGCAUCUCAAAGAGCAGGCUUAGCAGACAUUCGUCAACAUUCCUGGUUAAAUCAUCCCAUUCCUAUACAUGAGAAGACUUUCCAGGAAGUUCUGGAUAUCACAUUGGGUAGAUCAGACUCGAUGAGUAGUAAAAAAAGACUCGAUUCCCCACAGGAUGAAGAGGAAUAUCGACAAGUUAAUGAUGUCAUUCUGACGGAAGACAAUCAUGUUCACAAGACUGUUCAAAUCGACGAAGAACCACAGACUGCUCCCACAUCCCCAAUAGCUCGAGUGCGACAUCGUAAUCAAACUGAUGACGAAUGUAGUUUAUUAACAAUGGCCACAGCCCAUGAAAGUCAAGAACUAACAGAUUCCAUAAGGAGGUUGCCUUCACGAUAUGAUAACAUCUCUGCGUCAUCCUUGGCUGAUUAUAUUUCUCUAAACAGCAGUUUACCUAUCCAUGAUGGCAUUCAUGAUUCCAUCUCCGUCGCAACUACUGGAAUGUACUACUCCACGAGUGAUAUCAAUGAAGAAGACGAUGAAGAAAGUGGAAUAAGUGAUUUGUCAUUCCCAGUUAAAAGUGCUUCAGCUUACAACUUAGCUAAUCGAGCACGCAAACGUUCAAUGAUUUUCAAAUCAUUCGAUGAGCUAGGAACAGUGCCCGAGCAAAGCUCUCCUGAACAUCAACCCCUUGUAAUGACAAUGUCUAAUUCGUCAUCAACGUCUGCAGAUGAGCCGACAAUCUGUGAAGAAGAAGUAUCGCAAUUAACUUCUGACGUCCCGGAGACUGCUCGAGUUAUAGCAUCGGAAGAGAAGCCUGAUGAUCAUAUAAAUAUUGAAGAAUUUACUCAAGAGUUCGCGAAGAUGGAAUCUUCAACAAGGCCAUCGAGGCAUCGACCACUUGUGUUUGGAGCAGCGGGACCUUCUCUCUCCAUAUUUGAGGCGAAGUCAAUGGCUGUCAAUUAA